AUGAGGAGAGCUUAUGAAGUGUUUACGACCAGCUUCUCUCACUUAUUUGAUCCCGAUGACUUCGGCCUGGGCCUAGGGGGGUCUCUAAACGUCAAUGACUUCAUUGCACACGGCGAUGUUCUGGUGGAAGUGAACAAAAUAUGGAAAUGGGCUGGAAGGUCUGCAUCAACAUACGAUUCGAAUCUUCCUGACGAUAAACAGUACCUGCAUAGUGAACGCGUUGUGUGUUUAAAGGGAAUAAAAUCGGAGACCACGACCCAUGAUUCCUGGGAGGUGGCUGGCACUUCUGAGGACAAGGGUGAAUAUCCUAAUAACCUAUACGAAGAUGAUCCAGCUAGUUUGGAUGAGACUUCCUACAGGAAAUAUGACAUGAGUGUAACAUAUGAUCGCUAUAAUGAAACGCCAAGACUGUGGCUGAGGGGAUACAACCAGUUCGGGCUUCCUUUAACCAAGGAUGAGAUGCUGGAAGACGUUCCAGAGGCUUACGUUGGAAAAUCAGUAACUGUGGAAAAACAUCCCUUCACGGGGUACCUUACUUUAACAGUUCACCCUUGUAACCAGAAGGAGAUUGUGAAUACCGAGAAGGAGAACUUCAGAACGAAUAAAAUACGACAGCUGCAGGAUUUGAACCUACGCGGGCAGAGCCCAACAGAUUUCUAG